GUAAUAAGGAGCAAAACGGGGUCCAACCACACGUUCUGCUUCGGAAUUAUCCAAAAGAAAAGGCACCUGUGGCUCUCCUCCUUAGUUUAGGAUGUAUUCAAACUCUCCACAGAGACAAAUGAACUCUUCCUCAACCUCAUCAUCAAUACCGAUUAACAUCAACCAUUAACAUCUCCCUUCCACCAUGAAUGACACAGUGGACAAGCUGGUUGUCUUCUUGGCAAAGAGAGAUGGCAUAGACAAGCUUGUCAAGACUUUCCAGUAUGUGUCCAAGCUUGUUCACUGGCGUGUAGAAGCAACUCACCCAGAUAUUGCACAGAGAUUCAAGCAAUGGGAAGUUGCCUCGGGUCUUAGCAGGAAAGCCUUCAGAACUGGCAGGUUUCUCACUGGCUUCAAUGCCCUGAGAAGGAACCCUGGCUCAACCCCGACUUUUAAGUUCCUAGCUGUUCUUGCUAAUGCAGGAGAAAUGGUCUAUUUCUUUUUUGACCACUUUCUUUGGUUAUCAAGAAUCGGAACCUUGGACGCAAAAUUGGCAAGAAGGAUGAGCUUCAUCUCAGCGUUUGGUGAGUCUUUUGGCUAUAUAUUUUUCAUUAUAGCUGAUUUUAUUAUUAUCAGAGAGGGAAUAAGAGCAGAGAGAAAGCUGCUUGUUUCUUCCAAAGAAGAUUCCAAGGGAGCGAAAGACAAUAUACGAAAGAUUAGAGCAGACAGAGUGAUGAGGUUCAUGUCUAUAGCUGCGAAUACUGCAGACUUGAUUAUCGCACUGGCGGAUAUUGAGCCCAACCCAUUUUGUAAUCAUGCUGUUACUCUUGGUAUCAGUGGGUUGGUCUCUGCAUGGGCUGGUUGGUAUAGAAAUUGGCCCUCGUAGAUAAAGAUCCUAACAACAGUUGCAAUCAAAUCGUUGUGAGCUCUUGAAAGUGGAAAGGGAAGUAUUUCAUUGAUCAUGCAACCAUCGAAACUCUGCAAUUUGCCUGUGCUUUAAACUAUCCAUGACCAUAAUUAUUGUAUGAUGAAUCAACUUUACGGUUGGGUAAUUUUACUUCUAGCAUACUUUCUAGUUUUUCCCCAAUAAUAUACUUUUUUCUUGAUA